UAAGUAGGCGUAGUUGUUAUACGAUCAUUACAGUUAAAACACGUCUUGAACAAUUAAACAAAAUGAGAAGUGUAUACUGUUUAUGUAUUGUUGUGAAUCUACUAUUGCUUACUAGCGAUGGUGAUGCAGGAUUAGCCAAAGGAAUAAUCAGCUCAAUUCACGAUACAGCUCACAAGGUCCUCGAUGAUAUCCAUCAUGCAUUAAAUUUUAAAGAAGAUCCAAAAAAGGGAACAGCUGGUGUAGUUACCGUUGCUGAUAAUAAAACUAACGAUGACAAUAAGUUCGUUGCAACAUCUACUGCGGCUUAUAUCGAUAAAGAAUUAAAUAAGGAAGUAACCGGUUUUGUUAUAACUAAGGAAGAAGAUGACACCAAAUUGAAUUUUGUAUCGAAUCCAACAACUGAAGCUACAGUGAAUUUUACUUCUAUCGUUAAAGAGGAACGAUCAGAUUUCGUUGGUGGGUGUUCUACAGGCUACUCCAGAACCGAAGAUGGCAGAUGCAAAUGUGUUUUUGGGCAAAAGUACAACAAUAAUGGCGAGCCUAACGAAGAAUCAUGGGAGGCUGGUAGUCACGUUGACACCAUCGAUUACCAUGAGGAUAAUGUCGAGUGCAGUGAAGAACCAACUUCUUUGCUAGCUACUGAAACGACUGCUCCCGAGCUUGAUCCGGACACGCUCUACGCCUUAGGAGAGAUUACUGAAGAGGUUUCAAAAUUUAGGCCUAACAUACAUGAAAAACUCUCGCGUCUUUGGUUUCCUAUAUUAAAAAAUUGCCUAAAUAAAGAAAAUAAAGAAAAUCUUGUAAAAGACUACAAAUUAUCGAAAAACUGUCCGUUACUGUAGGCACCAAUAUUAAUUUUGGCGGCCGUGGCUGAGGUUACCCGUAAUCGGGAUAAGAAAAUAGAAGAAGUUCAGCAAUAGCUAGGCCAGGGAAUAGCUGCGCUUAAUAAAGGCUUAGAACUAGUAUUAGAUGACGGCAAAGAUAGACUUCGAGCUAUUAAAUCUCUAUGCGACAGUUGUCGUAUAUUAUUCGAUUUAAAAUAUAAUGCAAGAUGUGGAACGCGACGAUAUGCUUUUCGGAAAUAAACUUUCCGAAAAGUUAACAGCUUCAAAAGCUAUUGAAAAGAAAGGCCUUCAAAUAAAAAAGCCCCAUUCAAACCCAAAAACAUUGUCUAUGUACACUCUUGUACAUUUUCAAGCAUCGACGAGCUGCUUACGUCAGCCGGGAAAUUGAACAGUUCCUCCUCAUUUUUUUGUCGAGCAGGGAGGGGGGCGAAGAAGGCUAAGAAACUAAGGUGGUCCAGCAAAUCGGAGAUCUCAAUUUAUGGGCCCUACAUACACAACAGUAGCCGCCCACGCAGAGCAAUCAGUCAAGUGCGAUGGAUCAGCAAUAAUGGUACAUGCAGAAAGAAUCCAACACUUUUUUAACUGUUGGCUUCACGUUACUCAUAAUACAGAAAUACUCAAGUGGGACUCAGAUGGUUAUGCAAUACCGUUUACUAAAAUCCUAGACAAAUUUCAAUUCCAAAGAACUUGUUUUCUGGUAAUGAUCGGGCUGACCUAUUACAAUCAAUUAAUAA